AUGGUCCUCAGCUGCUCUUUUCCUGUGUUGCUCGACUCUCGCACUGGAGCUCAGCUCGAGGGCUACAGCAGCAUAGUCGAGCACUUGUGCACCACAGGCACCACAGGCACCAGCGCCGCCAACGAGUUGGUCCAGCUUGCUAUCCUCACCAGCGAUUUCAGGUACCUCACCCAUUACUACUACUACGUCCACAUUCCAAACUACACCAGAUACACCUCGAAGCUCCUCUCCAAAUGCAUUCCCUUCCCUUUGCAAUACCACAUCAUCCCACGAUUGAGAAACGACUCGAUAAAGUACUGCCUUGGUUGUUUGGACUUGAGCUACAAACCCCAGAAGGUGCUGGACCAGCUCCUAGCCAUCCUCAGGUAUUUGGCCAUUCCUCCAGCCAACUAUCGAUGCAUCCAGUUGCUCGACGAUUUUUUACAGGAGUUCAAUUUCAACAACAACUGCUUGUAUUUUUUCGAUGUUCUAUCCUGUAUAAAAAACAAUUCUAAUCGAUAUAAAAAAUAUCUAGCUCAAUUGAAUGGAAAAAGCAGUGCCGAAACAAUCAAUCCGGAAUCAAAUAUGAUCUUAAUAAUCUCAAAGAAAAAAAUAUCUUCUUUUACAAAAUCAAUUGAAAUAAAAUCAGAUCCUGAUUCUCUAAAAAUAUCUUCAAAUUUUCCCUUUUUAAACAAAUAUGAAAACAAAAAUGAGAAUGAAAAUGAAGAUGAAGAUGAAAACGAAAACGAAAUUUCAAACUAUUUAUUUGGUAAUCAGAUAUCUCCAGCUGAUAUUUACAUUUUCUCAGUGAUAAUCUCACUCACAAACAACGAUCUACCAGACAAGUCAAUCAAAAAAUUUCUAUCCUAUAAGUACUCCUUUUUAUUAAAAUAUAUCGAUUCUGUCUUAGAUAAUGAUCUAAUAUUCAACAUCAAUUAG